GUGACCUUGACUGUACAGAGGCUAGUACAGGUGUGAUUUGGGGAUUUAUGUUAGUUCUAAUCUUGUCACUUUUUUGUUACAAAACCGUUUAACCAUUUUCGAAAAUAACUCUCCAAGAGGUGUAAGAUUUGGUCGGACAUUUAAUUAGGUCCUAGGACAGACCUAAUUACCCCAAACACUGAAACUUUUGUCAUCCAGCACAACAAUUCAAGUCGGCUUAAAUUCAUCCAUAUUAACUGUGGUCAAUGCAGUCUUUACUACCACUACUAGAAGUCGACAUUUGAAGUUCUACCAUCGUACUCCAGUGGAUUUCCUCAAACUUGUUAGAAAUUCUGACCAGUGAUUGAGGAAAACCUGAAAUUUCUUCAAGCGUUUUGUGGUUUUCCCUCAAGUCACUUUGAAAUUAUAGGAAAACCCAACAUCUGGAAAACUUUUGUGGCUUUUAAUCGCACUUCUAUGAGGCUCAUAUUGGAGCUUCGGGAGAUAAGGUUUCAAGUAGUCUAGAAACUCAAACAUACUUAUCUUCUCACAAUGGAUUACUUGUCUUUCUGUCGUGGUGUACUGAUUGGGGGCUUGAUGGGAGAUUGUUAUGGAUUCGUGUACGAAGGUAGCCCAGCAGCAAAGUUCACCAUUCCUUUGGAACUACUGCAAAGGUCAAUCAAUGGCUGUGUGUACAAAGUUUACGUUCCUCAUCUUUGUCCUUAGUUGAUACUAAACAGCUGAUGUACAGUGAUGAUACGCAAAUGAGUCUUGCGAUUCUCCGAUCAUUAAGGGCUAGAAAUAGUUUCGAUGCAGAACAUUUGGCUAAAGAUAACCUGCAUUCAUCUUAUUUGGCUCCCACUGUACCUGAGUAACUGGUUAUAUUAUUCACAAGGCUUGACCAAAUUAUCGAAGUCAUACCUCAGUGAUCGGUUAAUAAAAGAUAUAAUCUCUCUCGAUCAAUUUAUUAACCCAGAUGCUACUGUACGAUGUUACAAUAAAGCUUCGCCAACGAUUCUGAUAGCAGAAAACAGAAUAAAAUGAAUUACUUUGGCUUUGCUAUUCGCAAACCAUAUAUAUACUGUUUAGAGUAAUAUGACUUCCUACUAAUCAGUGCAUCACCAACAAUAUCUUUGUGACGCAAAAAGGAAAAAUCAAUAGCGGAAGUUUCCUGAUUUUUUUCCUCUAUAUAUGUAUUUUCUUUCUGGUUUUUCAUUUUUUUGAAAACCGUAUUGUUGUAGUACAUUGUUGAGGAGCUCAUUUUAUUUUGAUUUGAAUAAAUGAGCUUCAAUAUUUGCGUUUUCAUCUAAUUGAAAUGAUCAGGUCAGUACUCUUUAAGUUACUUUUUGUCACAUCUAUGGAAUGAUUUAUCAAGUGUGCUCAAAAUGACCUCCUCCAUAUUACCAGAUUCACCACUGACUACUUUGAAAAUGGAUUACAUAGGUGCUAUGGUGGUUCUAUUGGACGCGUUUUUUCCUCACUUAGGAUGGCAAAUUAUAAAGAUCCCUAUGCUCACGCUGCUGAUUUAUUUAAUGGGACAGGAUCAUAUGGCAACGGCGGAGCCAUGAGAAUCGCACCCGCAGCGCUAUAUGGAUUACGAUAUUCUAAACGUGAAUUUGAGAUCUCUUAAGAAGAAACACCUUACAUAGUAAAAACAGGAUAAUGUCAAAUAUGAAUAAGGCCAAAAUUCAGGUUACCUCAUAGCUUGCAUACUUUAGAUAUUUACUCAUGGAAAUUUUAAUUCACAGUUAUACGUUCCAGUUAAAUAACGGAGAUUUGCAGCUCGAAUGAACGCUUCUGGUAUGUUUGAGUUUCUGAGCUAGGUGGUUUGGUUGUAGUGCUCACUAAUAACAAAGUAUUUUAUAGUUUUAUAUCACGUUAUAGACUGACUUUGUUGGUAUCAUGGAUGCUCACCAAUGAUGGGUCCCAUACUUGGCCAAAACAGAUAUCCAAUGCUCCAUUUAUUUCAUUGAUUGUUUAGCCUAAAUUAGUCCGUGAUGGGAAACUUCAAAUUCAAAGAUUAUCAUAACUCCCUAUAUCAGCAGUUUAAUACCAGUCAAUCCUUUGGUAUUAUCAAGUCCUAUCAAGAAGUACAAUCAGGGAUAUACUUAUGUGCUGGGAUAAAUUUCUGUCAAAGUUUGACGAAAGGUAAUGAUUUAAAAGCCAUCAACUCUGUUCCAACUGCAUUAUAUGUAUUUCUGCGCAGUUUAAAACCUAUAGACGGAAUCGAGUUUAAUUCACCUCCUCUACGUUCCAUUGUCUUAUCGAUCGGAUUAGGCGGUGACACUGAUACUAUUGGUUGUAUGGCUACUGCAUUAGCUGGUGGAUAUAUUGGCAUUCCAGUAGACAGUAAUUCAACUAUAUCAAGAAACAUUAUUACACUAUGUGAAAGUUAUGAAGAAAUCGAAGAAUAUGCUAGUUGGUUAAGUAACAAGCUACAAAUGAGUUGAAAUUUUUCCAUUAUCAUCUAAUCGACCUGAAGAAAACACUAAAUAAUCAAGUGCCAUUUGAUCCUAUCAUGAUGUGAAAAUUAAUUUCCAACUUUUUUAACAGAUAUAAUUUUAUAAUAGAAGCAUUUGAAUUAACCAUAAUUUUGGCUGUUGUUAACCUUAUCGAAACUUGUGUUACAUGAAUUCCAUGAAUAUGAGUGCAUCAUAAUAUCUCUUAUUAAUGGUAAAUUGAUGUCUACCGAAUUUCCCAUACUAUCAAGUCUAUUUAAAUAUGAC